CUUCGCUCUGAUUGGACAAGCGCGGUUUCCAUCUUCUUUCCGGAAGUAGCGUGUUCCACGAGGGUGAGCCCCGGAAGUGCUGGUUUCAUGUCACGUUAUUGCAGCCGAAGUGACGCACAGAUACCGAUGCGUUGUUGUGAUAUAGUACCGGGCGCUUCAUAAUUAUUUUUUUUAAAACCGGAAGACUGGCUUCCGCGAGGGGAUGAUUGUGCGCGUGAGUUCCCCGGUAGCCCUCAAAGGGAGGCUGCUUUCAACGGCGAGGCGUCCGAGCCUCCGCCCGGGAGCAACAUGGCCGGGACAGGCACGCGGCGCCCUCUCACGUAGUUUCCGGCCGGGAGCGGAAGUGCGAGUGAGAAGCGGGGAGUACCUGGAUCGAGAUGGCGGCGGGGCCCAUCUCGGAGCGGAACCAAGGCUAUGGGUUUGUGGAAUUUCUCAGCGAGGAGGAUGCUGACUACGCCAUCAAGAUCAUGAACAUGAUCAAGCUCUACGGGAAGCCGAUCCGGGUCAACAAGGCCUCGGCCCACAACAAGAACCUGGAUGUGGGCGCCAACAUCUUCAUUGGCAACCUGGAUCCGGAGAUUGAUGAGAAGCUGCUGUACGACACGUUCAGCGCCUUUGGGGUCAUCCUGCAGACUCCCAAGAUCAUGCGUGACCCUGACACGGGCAACUCCAAGGGCUACGCUUUCAUCAACUUUGCCAGCUUCGACGCCUCAGACGCUGCCAUUGAGGCCAUGAAUGGACAGUAUCUGUGCAACCGCCCCAUCACCGUCUCCUACGCCUUCAAGAAGGAUUCUAAGGGCGAAAGGCACGGCUCAGCUGCUGAGCGCCUCCUGGCUGCACAGAACCCCCUCUCCCAGGCCGACCGGCCACAUCAGCUGUUUGCAGACGCUCCACCCCCACCCUCAGUGCCCACCCCAGUGGUUACCACCUUGGGACCAGGGGUUACUCCUCCAGGCAUCCCUCCACCUGGAUCAUUCCCUCCGCCAGUGCCCCCUCCAGGAGCUUUGCCGCCAGGAUUGCCUCCAGCCAUGCCACCUCCACCCAUGCCACCAGGGGCUGGUGCCCCAGGACCUCCUUCCACUGGAGCGCCAGGGGGGGCGCACCCUCCCCACCCACAUCCUUUCCCUCCUGGUGGGAUGCAUCCAGGAAUGCCACAAAUGCAGGUCCAUCAUGGAAUGCCCGGGAUGGGCCCACAUCACCCUGGACCCCCAGGAGCAGGGGGGCAGCCGCCACCCCGCCCGCCCCCAGGCAUGCCCCAUCCUGGCCCACCCCCUAUGGGCAUGCCGCCCAGGGGACCUCAGUUUGGAUCACCAAUGGGUCAUCCAGGUCCCAUGCCACCUCAUGGGAUGCGUGGGCCGCCUCCCUUGAUGCCACCCCAUGGAUACAAUGGCCCCCCUCGGCCCCCUCCCUACAGCUACCAGCGCAUCCCUCUCCCACCUCGUCCUGCCCAAAGGCCCAUGGUGCCUCCGCGGGGGCCCAUGCGGGGGCCCCUCCCUCCCUAGGCCACAGUAAGUCACCACCCAGCCUGAAAAAGCACCCUUCUCCUCUGGGUCUCCCCUUUUCUGUUUCUUCUCGGACAAACAUUCCAGCAAGCGGCAUCUCUGUCCUCUUGAGUGAAAAACACGGCCCUCUGUUUGGCAGCAUUGAGGGUUUGUUCAUCCAGAUCAUUUUUAUUAGCCGUGUUCCCUUGAAGAAGAGCGGGUUUUUCAUUUUUCCCUUUUUUUAAUGAUCCUGUUUGUGAAAUACAACUGAUAAACUGCAGUUUUGAAAUAAAAGAUGAGGAAGGUCCUCUUUGGAAAUAUUC